AUGGUGGCACGUGAGUUCGAUGGCUUUGACGAUGGUUAUGGUGACUAUGGCGAUGGAUCCGAGGAGGAGAACCCGGCCGAGGAGGAUGGCAAGCCGAUGUUCGGCAGUCUGGUCGGUGAAGCCGGGGAGAUGCUUAUGGAAGAUGAGGCGAAGAACCAGCGACAGGCGCGCCGUAACCUGCGCAUCCGCGGCCUGCUGAAGGGCCGACGAGACACCACCAUCGAGGAGCUUUUAAAGCCCGACACGUUGGGCGAAGUAGCUACCAUCACCGACCUGCUGGAGCCAAAGCCUGCAAAGGCUGAGGACGAAGUUUCGGAACUGCCACCCUGGCUCGUCUAUCGCGACGAGCCCUCAGAGGUGAGCCUGCGUCUCCACGAGGAGCUCCUCGACUUUGCUGCCUUUAUGCGGCCGACGAUCAUAGAGUCGGCGGCAAGGGAUGCCUGGACACACACCUUGCAGCAAGCUUCCGAGUCCUUGUGGCCGCAGGCGCGGGUGCAUGUCUUCGGUUCCACUGCCACGAAGCUGAACUUGCCAAAUGCCGAUGUGGACGUUGCCAUCGUCAACAUAGAAGGCCUCAGAGCCACCACGGCCAUGAAAAAGCUGGCCGAGCUCCUGUUGGAGCGCGAGGAGGUCAGUAAAAUUGAAAUUAUUCAGUCUGCAAAGGUUCCGGUGAUGAAGGUCCAGCACCGCAACACGGGGCUGAUGGCCGACAUCGUAGUCAAUCGGACCGAUGGCCUCGAGACUGCGCAAUUCAUUGACGAGCAGAUGCGGCUUUUUCCUGCGCUGUCGCCACUGGUGCUGUUUCUGAAACUGUUCCUUUCACAGAGGAAUCUGCAUGAAACGUUCAUGGGCGGCAUGGGCUCCUACGUGCUCGUUUGUGUACUACGGCCAGGAGUUCCGCUAUGCUGCAACUGGGAUCUCCGUGCGCGAGGGCGGAUCCCUGUUCGACAGGGCCAAGCGAGGUUGGACCGCAACAACUCGAUCCGGACAGGCGACGUUAUGCCUAGAGUCGCCGACUGA